UGGAGCAGGGGGAACACAAGGGACAUUUUCUUCGCCUUGGUUGCGCCUUUGUCGUUUUAACCCCCCCCCCCAGCUCCGUUAUUAAUAAGGCCGCCAUGAAGAUCGAGGAGGUGAAAAGCACCACGAAAACUCAGCGAAUUGCGUCUCAUAGCCAUGUCAAGGGGCUCGGGCUAGACGAGGCCGGCAAUGCUAAACAGACGUCCGCGGGUCUAGUUGGACAGGAGACGGCGAGAGAGGCAUGCGGCAUUAUUGUGGAGUUAAUUCGCUCAAAGAAGAUGGCAGGAAGGGCAGUGUUACUGGCCGGUCCCCCAGGAACAGGAAAGACUGCCCUGGCCCUGGCAAUGGCGCAGGAGUUGGGCAACAAAGUACCUUUCUGCCCCAUGGUCGGCAGCGAGGUCUAUUCAUCUGAGAUUAAGAAAACUGAAGUAUUGAUGGAGAAUUUCAGGAGGGCUAUAGGACUGCGUAUCAAGGAGACAAAGGAGGUGUAUGAGGGGGAGGUGACCGAGCUGACACCCUGUGAGACUGAGAAUCCAAUGGGUGGCUAUGGGAAGACGAUAAGCCACGUCAUCAUCGGUCUAAAGACUGGCAAGGGCACUAAGCAGCUUAAGCUGGAUCCUAGUAUUUACGAGAGUCUUCAGAAGGAGUGUGUGGAAGUGGGAGAUGUCAUCUACAUUGAAGCCAACAGUGGGGCUGUUAAGAGACAAGGUCGUUGUGACACCUUUGCAACAGAAUUCGAUUUGGAGGCAGAGGAGUAUGUCCCGCUGCCCAAAGGCGACGUCCACAAGAAGAAAGAGAUAAUCCAAGAUGUCACCCUUCAUGACCUGGAUAUCGCAAAUGCAAGACCUCAGGGAGGCCAAGACAUCCUGUCCAUGAUGGGACAACUGAUGAAGCCCAAAAAGACAGAAAUUACAGACAAGCUGCGUGCGGAGAUAAACAAAGUGGUGAACAACUACAUUGACCAGGGCGUGGCUGAGCUGGUCCCUGGUGUGUUGUUUGUGGAUGAGGUGCACAUGCUGGACAUAGAGUGCUUCACCUACCUCCAUCGAGCCCUGGAGAGCACCAUCGCCCCGAUUGUGGUGUUUGCCUCCAACAGGGGUAACUGCCUAAUAAGGGGGACGGAGGACAUCAGCUCUCCCCACGGGAUUCCUUUGGACUUGCUGGACAGGGUCAUGAUCAUCCGCACCAUGCUGUACACGCCGCAGGAGAUGAAGCAGAUCAUCAAGAUCCGCGCUCAGACCGAGGGGAUCAACAUCAGCGACGACGCGCUGUCUCACCUGGGAGAGAUCGGCACCAAGACCACCCUCAGGUACGCCGUGCAGCUGCUGACCCCGGCCAGUCUGCUGGGCCGUGUCCAGGGGAAGGAAAACGUGGAGAGGGAGCAGGUGGAGGAAAUAAAUGAGCUGUUUUACGACGCCAAGUCCUCUGCCAAGAUCCUCCAGGACCAGCAUCACAAAUUCAUGAAAUGAAACUUUGAAUGACCACCUUUUUUUUCCCUUCUUAACCCCCCCCCCAAAAAAAACUCAAAAAUAGGACAAGCGUUUAGUUUUUUCAAGUUUUCAACUGCUUCUUUCCAACAUUUCCUCCACCCAUGUAUAGUCCGUCUCACGCCCUUUGUGUUUUUUUCCAUUUCUCUUCCUGUUAAUACCCUUCCUAAGGUGUCCCUGGCUGUGCCUGACUUAUUGCAGUGGCUUUUGUUCUGAUAAAUGAGUUUCAUUCAGUUUGUUGAUUUCUAAAAAAAAAAAAAAAAAAAUUUUUUUCAAUAAAAGCAAAAUCAAG